UCUCACUUACCAAGCCUAAAUUCCAAAGCAAUUCUCUCUUUACUUUGCUUUUCCAACCUACAUUCUCACCUUUUCCCUCCUUCUGCCAUUUGCUUCUUUCCUUCCCCCCUCAUGUCUCCUUUCUCAAGUUUCUCCCUUCUUUCUUUCUCUCUCCCACAAUCACAAGAGUGCACUUAUCUUUCAUUAUAUUGUUGUAUAUUUUAUAUGUACAUGGCAAAGGGGUCCAAAAUCUUCUUCUUUUCUACAAGAUCAUUGAUUUUGCCGUAGUUUAUCAUAUCCCUUGCUUUUCUUUGUCCCAACAACAGCAGAAAAACAUUGAAGAAGAGCCUGGAAGUUAUAGGGGCCUCAUAGAAAUGGGUACAAGUGAAAUUUUGAUCAAAAUAUUCCUCCUAUUCUGCGUCUUAAUCUGUCCAGGUCCAAGUGAUACAAGGAAGGUUGAUAUUUCCAGUGACCAAAAGGACAUUACCACUCCAAUAACAACGGUGCCUACAAUAAUUCCAACCAAUCCUACUUCAUCCAGUCCAGUGUUUAAUCCUAAUUCGAACCCGGAUUUGACAUCUCCGGGAACAUUGACUCCGAUGACAGUUCCAACGACAAUGACAACUCCGGUAUCUUCAGGGGGCAGUUGGUGUGUGGCUAGCCAAAGUGCAUCACAAACUGCAUUACAAGUUGCUCUAGACUAUGCAUGUGGCUAUGGUGGUGCUGACUGUGCUCCAAUUCAGCCUGGAGGAGGCUGUUACAAUCCUAACACUGUUCAUGCUCAUGCUUCUUAUGCAUUUAACAGCUAUUACCAGAAGAAUCCAGUUCCUAGUAGCUGUAAUUUUGAAGGGACUGCUGUUGCUACCAGCAUUGAUCCAAGUAGUGGGACAUGUCAAUAUCAAUCCACAAGGUAA